UGGACCUCGAUCUCGCGUUCGCGCUGAUGAGUCCAUAAUACCCCCUUUUCUCUCCCGCGUAAUACGCAAUUUGGCUGCGGUGGCUCAGGUGGACGCUUGUGUGCGCUGAUUCUGAGAGUCGUACGCUUGAAAAACAUUCACAUAUAACAAAUAUUUACCGAAUGUUGAUUUUUUUUGUGUGUUACGAGGAAUUUAGUGAACGUGCUUCACUAAAUAAUUUAAAAGUCGUUGACUGGCCCAACAAGCCGAUAAGUUGGUAUAAAAACACAUAACACAGAAAACUUCUGUUCUGGACGACAUUUCGCUCAUCACUGAGUUUUUCAAAGCUCAGUGCGAAACAUUGUUCAAAAUCAAGGCUUGUUCUUCAUUACUCUGCUUUAUACCUUCAUAUUUAUUAUUGAAGAACACCACCGAGGAGGGCCAGUUGUUCUGUCCAUUUCUAAAUUGUUCAGACGUGAGAUAGAAAUUCGUGGGAUAGAAAUUUCUAUACAGAACACCUGCUUAAACUGACCAUAUAGAACACGUGAUUGAAUACUCACUGAACAACUUCUUGAAGUCUUAUAGAACACCUGCUUGAAGUCUUAUAGAACACUUGCUUGAAGUCUUAUAGAACACCUGCUUGAAGUCUUAUAGAACACCUGCUUGAAGUCUUAUAGAACACCUGCCUGAAGUCUUAUAGAACACCUGCUUGAAGUUUUAUAGAACACCUGCAUGAAGAGACCUCGUAGAACACCUGCUUGGAGAAUUAUUGAACACCUGCUUGAAGAAACUUUAUAGAACACCUGCUCGAAAGUAAUUGAUCGCCUGCUUGAAGAGGUCUUAUAAAAUACCUCCUUGAAGGAGAAUUAUAGAACACUUGUGUGAAGUCUUAUUGAACACCUUUGUGAAGUCUUACUGAACACCUGUGUGAUGUCUUAUAGAGCUCCUGUUGUAAGAGACCAUGCAGAACACCUGACAAACUUUAUAAAGCACCUGCUUGAAGUCAUAUAGAACGCCUGCUUAAAGCCUUAUAUUCCUGCUUAGAACACCUGUUUGAAGCCUUUAAGAAUACCUGCUUAAGUUUUAAAAAACACCUGCUUGAAGCCUUAUGGAACACGUGCUUCAAGUUUUAUGCAACACCUGCUUGAAGAGACCUUAUACAACACCUGCUUGAAGAGACCUUAUACAACACCUGCUUGAAGAGACCUUAUACAACACCUGCUUGAAGAGACCUUAGCAACACCUGCUUGAAGAGACCUUAUGCAACACCUGCUUGAAGAGACCUUAUACAACACCUGCUUGAAGAGACCUUAUACAACACCUGCUUGAAGAGACCUUACAACACCUGCUUGAAGAGACCUUAUACAACACCUGCUUGAAGAGACCUUAUACAACACCUGCUUGAAGAGACCUUAUACAACACCUGCUUGAUGAAACCUUUUAGAACACCUGCUUUAAGUCUUAUUGAACACCUGCUUAUAGAGACCUAAUAGAACAUCUGCUUCAAAUAUUUUGUGACACCUGCUUGAAGCCUUACCCAUAAAAAUCUUAAAGGGGUUUUAUAAAACAUCUGCCUCAACGAGCCUUACACCCACCUUCAUGGCAAGAACUUAAUAGAACACCUGCUUCAUGGAGCCCUCUAGAACACCUGCUUCAUGGGACCCUAUAGAACACCUGCUUCAUGGAGCCCUCUAGAACACCUGCUUCAUGGGACCCUAUAGAAUACUUGCUUCCUGGAACCUUAUAGAACAUCUGCAUUAUUGAACCCUAUAGAACACCUGCUUCAAGGGACUCUACAGAACACCUUAAGUGGACCUAAACACAGAGAUGAAACUGUGCUCUCUGACAGAAACAUUUAAGGAGAGGAUGCAGUAUACGUGUCUGCUGAUAGUUAAAUAACUGUCCCUCUGUCUGCUGGGUAGUAUCACCAACAGCCUCACUGGUUGGAAACUCUGCCGUGAUUAGAGGUCUAAAGACUGAGCCUCCAUUGUAGCGCAAAUUGACGCUCUCCGCUAGUUUAGCGUUUUUUUUUUAGUGGACGAAUUUUUUUUUUUAGUCUAUUUUCACUGGAGUCUGACAACAACAUCGAACAUUUAUUCUAGAGACUGUCUACUACAAGAAGCAUUUACACCAGAUUUUUGUCUACAACAAUAAGUAUUUAUACCAGGAUUUGUCUUCAAUAACAUACAUUUAUACAAGAGUGUCGACAACAUCAGACAUUUAUAUCAGAAUUUGUUUACAUCAACAGACUCAAGAGCUUGCAUUUCUGAUCUAAAAUUAAUUAGAGAGAUAAAUGCUUUUUGAAAUUAGGUGACAGUUCCCUAGGUGAAGCUGUAUUGUGUUAUCCUACAUUUCCAUAGGUGAAGCUGAACCUAAAACCGCCCUGAGAGAACCUAUUGUAGACAGAAAUACGUAUUAGAAACCACGACAGAAGAUCUGUUACAUUUAGAGGCAAUGACAGAAGAAAUCCACACAGUGUCAGUAUAAGAACACUUAUUUGAGUUUAAGGAUAAUGAAGGAGUUACUCCUGUCUACGAGUAACUGAUGGAGGGGUUACUCCUGUCUAUUAGUAGCUGAAGGAAGGAUUACUACUGUCUAUGAGUAACUAAGGAGGAGUUACUCCUGUCUAUGAGUAAUUGAAGGAGGGGUUACUCCUGUCUACGAGUAACUGAUGGAGGGGUUACUUCUGUCUAACUGAUGGAGGGGUUACUCCUGUCUAUUAGUAGCUGAAGGAAGGAUUACUACUGUCUAUGAGUAACUAAGGAGGAGUUACUCCUGUCUAUGAGUAACUGAAAAAGUUACUCCAAUUUGUUAAUGAUAGAGGAAGAAUUACUUGACCAUAAGAGACUGGAGGAAGAUUUACUCCAGUCUGUAAGACACUGGAGGAGGAUUUACUCGUAUUUGGGAAUGACUGGAGGAAGAGUUACUCCGGUCUGUAAAAGACUGAAGGAGCAGCUAUUCCAUUUUGUGAGAAACUGAGCAAGAAUUACUUCAGAAUAUGAAGGACAAUGAAGGGGUGGAGGAGUUUCUUCUCGGCGAGAGACUGGAGGAAUGUUGCUCCAGUGUAUAAGUAAUAUUCCGGUAGUAUGUGUACCUGGAGGAUGGGUGGAGGGUGUUCCGGGGGGUCAACGCCCCCGCGGCCCGUUCCAUGACCAGGCCUCAGACGUAGUUCCAUCUCUGUCAGAGACAGAAAAGAGGCUAAUUCUGUCUGACGGAGAUAGUGGUAUUGCUCUUGUGAAAGAUAAUGGAGAAGAUAUUCUAGUGAGAGACAGUGGAGUUACUGUGAGAUUAGAAAUCAAAAGAGUUACUCCUGUGAGAGUGAAGGAGUUACUCCAGUGAGAGACAGUAGAGGAGUUAAUCCAGUGAGAGAGAUAGUAGAAGAGUUACUCCUGUGAUAGUGGAGGAGUUACUCCAGUGAAGGUUAGAAAAUUUACUCAUGUGAGAGAUAGUAGAGGAGUUGCUCCAGUGAGAGAUAAUCGAAGAGUUACUCCUGUGAGAGAUAGUGGAGGAGUUACUCCAGUGAGAGAUAGUGGAGGAGUUACUCCAGUGAGAGAGAUAGUAGAAGAGUUACUCCUAUGAUAGUGGAGGAGUUACUCCAGUGAGAGAUAGAAAGGUUACUCCUGUGAUAGUGGGGAAGUUUUUCCUGUGUGAGAAAUAGUGGAGGAGUUACUCCAGUGAGAAAUAUCAUAAAAAACAGGUAACUUACGUAAAUAAGAAAUAAUGUCGGCGAUGCUACACUGGCUACUGAGAAAAAAACAAACUGGGUUGCUCUCGUAUAUGAGAGAUAUCUCAAUUUAGUGAGAAUUUCGAGCAAGUUCAUUUAUGUGAGAAAGCAUAACUUUCCUUUGGGAGAGAUAAUGGAGACAGUCUUUUCUCCUCUUCGAAAGAGAGAGACUGCCAGAUGGGUUGCUUCUGCAUGCAAGAGACAGUAAGAAAACGAGUGUUUCUGUCUGAGAGACAGUGAGAAACGAGGUUAUUCCCAUCAAUGAAGAAUAGGGAAUAAAACGGCGUUUUUGUUCCCGAGAAAGAUAUUACUGGUCUGAGGGAACAGCAUUGCCAGAACUACCCACACUUCUGCUCACCUACCACCACCGAUACAACCACAACUCCUGCCCCUGAACUUCUAACCCCAGCACUAAAACCAUCACUACUGUUCAUCUACCACCAAUAAAACACCACUCCUACAACCACAACUACUGUUGUUGAACCACCCCCCACCACCUCUACAACCACCACUACUGCACUUCGAAGACCAUCAUCACUACCACAAUCACCACCACCACUACUGGAGCAACAACCCCUCACGGUUUAUUACUUGAGAAUGACUCAUUCGAUCGACUUCAACUUAUCAGCACUGGUGAACUAUAACUAGAAAAAAUGACCACGAAACUUUUGGCAAGUGCACAUUCCUUCUGGUUAAUAUAAUGCGUACCAUUCAAAAUUUGGAUUUCUGCAUAGUAACCUGAGAAAGCUUUUUCCAAUCGAUUUCAAACUUUCAUCACUGUUUUUUUCAUAUGUAGAAGAAGGUUAGGAGUGCUGUUGGAGUGUGUGGGGACCAAACUGUCAAUUUUAUGUUCAAAAGAGUAUUGUGUUUCUCAAUUUGUCAAUUUAUUAACAGUUCAUAAACGCUGAAUUGUAUUCUAUGCGAUAACUAGAAAAUACAUUUUUCGAUAGGCUUCAAACUUUUAUAGCAGGUAUAUUUUCACAAAGGAAGAUUCACAUUGAUGUUGAGUUACGUAAGUUUUAAAUUGCCAGUUUUAAACAAAUUUCAAAUUUAAAAAGUAGAUAAUAUUUUUAUGAUCAACUUCAAACGGAAAAUGCUGAAGUAUCUUAAUUAAGAGAAAAAUGUAGAGUGAUUUUUGGUGUAUGUAUAUACCAAUUUGUGAGUUUUAUUGAAGAAAUUGUGUUAAGUGUGAAACCGGUUUUCAUGCAAUAAUUUGUGAAUGACUAAUCCGAUCGGCUUCAAACCUUAAACGCUGACAGACUGAGACAGCAAUUUCUGAGGCGCUUCAAACUUAAUGUGUUGGUGUAAUUUGGAAUAUUUAUCUCAGUGCGAUAACUGUAAAAUGCAUCGUCUGAUUGGCUUUAAACUUUCAAAGCUGAUGCGUCUUAGUGGAAAGUUUAAAUUGCUUUUGUGUUUUUUUUGGUCCCAAUUUACCUUUUUUUUUUUUUUUAAAGAAACUGGAUUAUUAGUUUCCAUGCAAUAACUUGUAAAUGCCUCUUCCGACUGGCAUCAAACUUUCAACGCUAUUUCCCUGCACUAGAAAACGUACUUUUCUUAAUGCAAACACUGAGGUGGAAUGGGCUAAGCUUAUGCAUCACGGGGAUACCUUUCUUGCGCAUAGACUGAAACACAUUCAGUUUUGUAAUGAUUUAAGUGGUACUGUGGAUAUUUUUUGUGUGUAAUUUACGUGAUAAUGUGAAAUAAUUAUUUGCAGUGAUGUGAUACCGUGGAUAGUUCUUUGCACUGAAAAAAAAAAUUAGCAGAAAAUGGAAAAAAUAUGUCGCAUUCGAUGUGAAAGAAAAGAAAAAUUGUAUAUUUUGAGGUAGUACUUGUGUGGUUAGUGUGUGUGUGUGGCCUGAGCUAUGCAGAUGAGAGCAGGUGUUGCUGGUAGUGUUAGAUGGCUGCCCAGGACUAGAAGGGAGGCUGAGGAAAACAACCGGACUACACAAACUUGUGCUGAGAGAGAACACACCUCCCCACAUCUCUCACUCACUAAGUACUCACUUGUUACGUACUCCAGCUGUUGGCUGCACUCACCAGCGGGGUGUGGUUCCCCCUCUACGCCACCACAUCAAGGAUUACUUCACUUACCUCACAGAAGUACAGGAGUGGCUCACUCAGGACUCUCAGCCAGCACCAGACCUCUAGUGGCAGCCACGGGGUCCUGCCAACUACUACUGAUGUUGUUGCUACUCUCAUUCUCACUCAGGACAACACAAGCUAAAGCUCCCCCUGAGAACGUGGAAACAAUGGCAGCCUGGACGGCGCGUCUGCCCUGUAGAGUGAAGAAUGUGGACACCCCGAUGCUGGUGCUGUGGUACAGGCGGAGGGAAAACCAUCCCUUCUACAGUUACGACGCCAGGAGCGGCAACUUGUCUGCUGGUGCAGGUCGAGUCCACGACGACGUUCUGGGACCACGAUCAAAGUUCGUGUUGCUGGCAAAGGAGAAUUACCUACGUGGGAGCCCCGGAGCUGAGCCCAGUAGCGGGAUGCCAGUCUUCCCCGGGUACCUGGAGUUGAGUCAGGUCACUAGGGAGGAUGCAGGUAGCUUCAGCUGUAGAGUUGACUUCCUCAAUUCGCCCACUCAAACCCACCGACUUCAUCUGAUUGUCUACGAGAGACCAUCAUCAGUGACGGUAGUGGACGACGGUGACGAGGUCUGGAUCGUCUGAGAGUCGUGUGGUGUGGGUGGCUCAGCCCGAGGACAACCAGAAAGGUCUUUCCUGUACAGCAACCAACCCUCGCAACCCUCACUACUACCUCUCCAACUAUACCAGACUAGUUGUCUACCACCCGCCCUUAGUGUCACUGUCGAUCGGCAGUGGUUUAGACCCGUCAUCAAUUAAGGAGAAUGUGGAUGUUUACUUCACUUGUAGUGUCCACGCCAACCCUCCGGCAAGCAAGAUCGUCUUUUUCCACGAGGGGAUGGAGGUGGUACAAGACCGCAGAGCAGAAGGUGGGGUGCUGGUGACUGGGAACUCAUUAGUGCUGCAGAAGGUGCAGAGGGAAGGCAGUGGUCGCUACUCGUGUCGAGCCAGCAACAACAGAGGCUCUCAUACUAGCAACUUCGUCCGCCUCGAUGUUCUCUAUGAGCCGCGGUGUGUGGUGGAAAGCCAGAUUGUGACGGUGACACCCGGGGAAAAUGCUACUGUGGAGUGUAAUGUUGAUGCCUUCCCACCCCCACACCGCUUCUCCUGGUCACUCAACACCACCAAGGGUCUCCAAGUCGUGCCCAAGGAGGAGUAUGACUCAAGAGGCAGCAGCUCGCGACUCACCUACACAACACCGCUCACACUUAAGAAGAUUAUCAUCCUCUGUUGGGCUGUCAAUGAUCUGGGCACCAUCCAUCAGCCUUGCACCACCACGCUCAUAGCUGCAGGUGUACCAGAGAGGGUGGAGAGCUGUGAGGUGGUUGAACAGCGGGUAUCUUCCCUCAGAGUAUCUUGCAUUCCUGGCUUCGAUGGUGGAUUGGAGCAACACUUUAUAGCUUUGGUUAUGGAACCUCUGGCCAACCGUGUGGUAGCCAAUGUUACUUCGGUCUCACCGGAGUUCAGUAUUGGUGGACUGGCACCUGGGCUCGACUACGCUGUCAAGGUCUUUUCUUACAAUAGCAGAGGCUGGUCACCACCUUACCUGCUCGAUGGCUUCUCACUUAAGGUCGCUGAGAACCGCAUGGAUUCAGGGGGUGGCGGGCCCGGCAAGGGAGCGUCUCCCUUGCUUGCUCUCUUCAUUGGUGUGUUGGCUGCCUUCGUGCUCACUCUCACUGUCAUCAUUGUGGCCACGAAGCUGAGGUGUCGUGCCAGAGCCACAGCUAGAGAGGAAGACGACGACGGUACAGGGGCGAGAAGCGACGAUAGUGAGGACGAUGAGUUGCGAGGGGCGACCAACAGGCCGGGUGGAAACGGCAGGAGGAGCUCCGUAGAAGUGAAACUUAUGUGUGUUGUUAGGCCUGACGAAGAUGAACUGGCGGAGGAGGCACUGAAGCAGCAGCAACAACAGCAGCAGCAGCAGCAGCAACAACAACAGCAGCAGCAGCAACAGCUUGGACUCUCCACUGUUCAGGACCCAGGAUCACCCCGGGAAUAUUCCAGGCUGGACUCUAAGCCCACGUCUGAUUCUCUCUACAGUUCCUGUACGAGUAAUCGGUGUGGGAUGGGGUACUCUACGGAAUCAGCUAUGCUGCUAUCUUCUUCGCCUUCGGCUUGCAGCGCCACCGCUGGGGUGCUGGGAGCUGUUCCCUGCAGCAGCGGUGUAGCUGGUGCCGGUGCUGUCAUGAGCGUAGGAGGCGCAGGCGGCGGCGCAGGAAUGAUGGGCAUGAUGUACGGGUCCUUAGGGCGUUCCUUGGGGCAGACCUGGGGUCAAUAUAGCACCUUGUCGCGCCCUCCGCCGCCGGCUCACGAUCCAGGCGCAGAAUCAAGAUUUCACACACUUUCCGCCACGUGCACGCGACGACCCAGCGAGAGUUUCGUGUGAUGAUUGGCGGAUCCUACAACGAUGUAUAUGACGAUUGCCUCUGUGACUUAUGCGUCAUCAUUUAUGACUUGUGCCUCUCUGCGAGAACCUUUGGGUCUGCAACUUAGUGAUGACUUAGUCCGUGAUGACUCGAAGGAGAGAGACAGGAAGGAAUUGUUAAGCAACAUCUGUGCUAUGAGCAGUUUUCACAAUACAAAGAAUAAAUAAGACUAUUGUGAUUAACGAGGAAAGCCUCGCAGAGUUUCUGUUUCGCAAUUUACGAAGGGAAGAUCAGGACAAGAAGUCCUCGCGCUGAAUAACAUACACGGAUUUAUUCCUUCACAUUUAAAAAAUGAUAAUAAUAAUGUCGAUUGAAAAUCACAUCUCUCAUCAACCUUUAGUGGUGCAACUGACGUCUCUCAUCCAGUAGCUGAAGUAUGACAGCUGAAAAGUGGUAAACAGACAUACAGCAAGAGAAGGCAUUAAUUAAUAGGUCGUUUUUUCUACAUGAACUUUUAUAGCUUGAUAACGCCUCUUGUAGAUGAAAUGUAAUGCUAAUUAAGGUCUCCUUUUGUUAUAAAGGCAUUUCUAACCAUAUCCCAUCAAGCAAGCCAAUGGCUUAGGCAAACAAAUAAGCAAACACUUGGACAUAUUUGUUCGAAAACGUUUCUCAAGGUCCCAGGGCCGUAACGUUUCCUAAUAAAUAAGUCCUAGUGUUUGUUUACGUGUCUUUCUAAAGCAGCUGGUGAUAUCUAUUACCAGGGUUUAUACCAAGCAAGCCAAUAAUCACAUAGGUUCUUCAGGUUCUUCACUAGAGUAAUAUCUAAAACAAGAGAUGACAAAGGGAUGCUCCCCUUACGGGAGACGCCAUGAUGCUGGUUUGGGUGGGAUGAGGGGGAUGUUCUUAAGUGCAUGGAACUGAAUUUAUCCUCUCCUUCCUUUUAUCGAACCUGAAUGCUUCCCAUUUUCCAGGCGCUAAAUGACUCCCAUGGGCUUAGGGCUUCCCCCUGAUUAAAAUGUAUGGAGAAGUGGGAGCCAAAUUACUAACUGAAUCACAGUCACCAUGAAACACUACUUUACCGUGAGAAUAGUAGAAUAGUAUUAGCUAAAUACUAGUAAAAGCCGACGUUUCAGUCUGUAGUGAAUGCUGCAGUUUCUGAGAGUGAAUACAUUUGCAAGUGUUAAACCCAAGCGAGUCGUUCAGUGGUGGAAGCUCGACCCUCCGUCUGUAAUAAAGGCCAAGAAGGAUAAUAGAGGCCAAGACCUCGGUAACUUUAAAAGAGAUAGCAGAAAUAUAUGGGUGAAAGGGCUGGGUUUGAUUGGCACAUGAGGUACUGUGGCAAAUUCAUGGGUAGCUUUGAGAAAACGUAGGACAGAUAGGUGGGUGGAAAUGGUUGGUUUUGACAAGGACUUGCCUUGUAUGGGCCAGUAGGCCUGUUGCAGUGUUCCUUUAUUCUUAUGUUCAAACUAGAAGACAGGCGGCACACAGCGCUCGGCUAAAAGAAUAUUUAUAACUAAUUUUAAAUAAAACAAUACAAAUAUUUUAAGUCUUCUUAUGUUUAAAAAUAGUUAUAUAUUAUUGAAACUGUAAAACGACUGAGGUUCGAUCCUUCAUCAGGAGAAAGAACCAGUGAUUUUUUCCUGAGGAAAGCCUAGUGACCAGACCGGGGCAGGUCGCUCCUCACUUCAAAAAAAAAAAAAAAAAAGAGGAACAAUGUGGGUUAAACUUAGCCACAUUUGGCCAAAUGACAGACGAUAUUCAGUGAAUGUUUUCCUCUUGGUGUGUUCUGAGUGUUUCUCGUUUUACGAUUUCUCUGAGUAUUUUACAAGAUUCUCAACUCUUCCCACUGAUUCUUCUUAUUGCCUACGUUCCUUUACGUUUAACAACAUCGUGUAUUUUAACAAUGCUAAGUAGGUUUUACACAUGUUAAUUCAGACGUCAUUUUAUUCCACAAACUUUUAUUUUAAUGAAUUGGAUACUUCUUAAAAAGGCGUUGAAUGGCUCUAUAUUAAGCCUUUUAUAUAAAAUAUGAAAUCUCUCAUAAGAACACAAUUAGGGGAUGUCUAACUUGUAUAUUAUUGACAAUAUGUUUUUCUUAUUAUUAAAUUAAAGACAGAAUCAUAUUUAAUAUUUUUUUUUCUUUCUCUCUAAGCCUCUAGCAGUAUGGUGUCUGAGGCUGUGUGUCAAUCACUUACGACUAGGCUCUUACCGAGUCUGGGUACAAAUACUAAUGAUAUUUUACCGAUUACCUUGAGAAAGGUCUGUUGGUCUUACGAUACGUAUGAGCCGUGCAUCAAAUCAUAUUGCUCUGAAAGUAUCCAUCACUUGAUUAAAACAUUUCAUUAUCAUUAUACUCACGGGGAAGCACAAGACUCGUAGUAAUCAUUUAGCGCCAGUUAUAAUGAAAGGUAAUAAGGUUUGAUCAAUAUAAGGGCUCUUCCCUGGCAUCAAAUCCAUCCCCUACCUGGCCUUCUCUUGUGAAUCUUCAUUAGGACAUAAAUCAUUUCAAGGAUUAUCAUAAAUUAGUAUGUGCAUCAGAUCACUAGGUCCCGUAAGAUCUUUCUAACUUCUGUGGUGUAUAAGGAUAAACAGAGUCAUUUCCAAUCCAAAUCAAAUAAAAUUAAUGGGUUUUAUAUUGACAAAAUUAAGAAGAAACUAGUCAAUUAAUACUCUAUACUCUUACUAAAGCCCAAUUUGGCCAUGAAAAUUCUUCUCAGAAUGAAAUGGCGUCUAGCCGACGUGCAUAAAUACUGGAUAUAUACUUCGAUAGGUGUAUGUGUAUCCUGAUUUAAGCCAUUAAAAUUUUCCUGACUUGGGGUAAACAGGUGACAUGCAGCCUAAAUGACCCACUGAGUAAUCGAUCGGCUUUAAGUCCAGUUAACCAACAGUCUGAAUGCAGAGGCAAGGUACAGGUCAAGCUUUAUGUUGGUACAACGUUUAUCUCUGUGUAGAGCUUUAUUAUGUCGUGAUUGAUGAAGCUCUACACAGAGCGACAUCUAAAAUAAAAGUUUGCUCUGCAACUGUGUCAUUGUCUUCACAAAAUUAGCAUUGUUGCCAGAUAUUUAUAUAUUAUAAAUGUGUGUGUUGUCGAUGUACUUGAUAAGUGCACAAGAGGAUAGACUCUUCCACAGGUAAAUAUUGACACGAUUCAUCUACCUGUAUAGUCACAGUAGAUACGUCAAUGCGUGCUUCCUCUCUUAAUUUAAUCCUUAGAGUUGCACAAGGGUCAAAACUGACGCGCAGGAUUGUGAAUAGUUUGUAAGAUAAGUAAUUAUAGGAUCAUAAAAUCAUUUUACAUGAAAUACAGUAAAAAAUAAAUGAUUUUCGUAAUUUUCGCUACGACUUACGUUUGUUGUAGUUAAAAAAUAAGGUGGUUAGUAGUUAUGACUAAGGUUGUUAGUGCUGAAGCAAAUCGUUCAGUUUCGAAGGUAAGAUAAAGGAUCAACUAACGUGGUCCGGAUGAAUCCCGUUGCCCUGCGUUAUUAGUUAGUUGGUAUCCAUAUCAUUAUGUUAAGGAUAUGUUACAUUCUCCAAUUGGCAAAGAGAAAACACUAAAUUUUGUGAUACUGGUUGAUCCACUGAACUUCAAGUAACAGAUUAACAGGUCAGUGAGGAUUUACAUAAGGGUUCACUAGAAUUUGUUAUGCAUGUGUUUGUCUAUGAAUAAAUUGCUAGGGAAAACGAAGGAAAGAGAACCUUAAGUUAUCAGAGGACGUAUUAUGGUUAUUUUGAAAUUAACAGUAGACCACAACUUAUCGCCACACUUCACUGUAUACAACCACAUACCACCACACAUCACCACUAUACAGGAUCACCACACACCACUAUACAUCACCA